UCAUAACUCCGCAUUUCAUUAACGAGGAAUUUGAUUUCUCCUUGUCCAUGAAGAAGUGGCGCCAAACCUUAAAAACUGAAACUCCGGUUAUUUAUCCGGCCAAAACCUCACCAAUUGAAGAAAAUUAGUUGAUCGUCAACUUUCAACGUCACACCUUACCUUAGCUCAAACACUUUUCAAAAUCACACAUUUAAUUCCAUAAACCUAACCCCUCUUUGUCUUCUCUUCCCCAAUUCAAUUUCCCUCUUCCUAACCUAAUUUCAUCCAAUUCAACUCAGUUUUCUCAACAAGUCCACGAAAUGGAGUCGAUUUAACUCUCCGAUUGCAAUAUGGCAGCCCUGGACUCUCUCACCUCCGAUUCAAUUGAAGAAAUUCUUGAAAGCUGGAAUUGUUUCUGCUUCAGUACUGACGCACUCUUAAACGGCAAUGUUGAAGUCGCUGUUGGCGAUAAGUUCGUCUCUUGCGUGCAUUUUCUAUGUAGUCACCACCUUCGCUCGCUCGUCGAAGAUCAAUUCUUUCAAUCCCUUGAGGUAACUUUUGAGACAAGAGGUGCGUCAAGAUUCUGGCAUCAUUUUGAUGCUUACGUCGAUGGUUCUUUGUUGACGAAUGAAGAGAGUGGAUUAGAGGAAGUGUUGUACAAAGCUUUGGAAGAAUUAUCAUUGGUGAAGCAAUGCCAAGAGAGAACUCUGUUAAUGCUUGUUCAUAGUUUGCAAUCCUGUAGGAAUAGUAUGUUGGACAAGAAAUAUAGUGCAGAUGCAGAAAGAGUCUAUCUUCUUUCUAAAUACCAGCUAAUGGUGUCUUCAGUGCUCAUGGCAUCACUUCCCCGUCAAUUUCCUGCAAUCUUAAACCAAUAUUUUAAGAGAAGGCUGGAAGAGCUAAGUACCCUAAUGGAUGGGAGUUGCCAGGAAGAACUUCAUGAUAAGGAGAAUAUGGAUUUGGAUGAGAAACGCAAAUCGUUCUCUGGGGUUGGUGAGAUGGAUAUUGAUGAACACUAUGAUCGGAAGAAACUUUCAGAGAACAGUUUAUUAGUUAAGAACAUUGGAAAGGUGGUUCAAGACCUAAGAAGCCUGGGAUUCACAUCAAUGACUGAGGAUGCAUAUGCUUCUGCUAUCUUUUUGCUAUUGAAGGAUAAAGUUCAAGAUUUGGCUGGCGAUGAUUAUAGGAGUUCAGUCCUGGACUCCAUCAAAGUGUGGAUUCAGGCUGUACCAUUUCAUUUCUUGCAUGCACUCCUUACUUAUCUUGGCGAUUCUGUCUGCCCUGAUAGCCCAUCUUCUGGUCUCAAGUCACCGUUGGCUUCACAUCCAUCCUCAUUCUAUCCUGGGGUGGACACUCCAUCUGAAGGACUCAUCAGAUGGAAAUUGCGGCUAGAGUAUUUUGCUUAUGAAACAUUGCAAGAUUUAAGGAUUGCCAAACUAUUUGAUAUAAUAGUGGAUUAUCCUGACAGCUCACCAGCAAUUGAAGACUUAAAACAGUGUCUUGAUUACACUGGGCAACAUUCAAAAUUAGUUGAUUCCUUCAUCUCUGCCCUUAAGUACCGCUUGCUUACUGCUGGUGCUUCAACUAAUGAUAUACUGCACCAAUAUGUUUCAACUAUUAAAGCACUAAAGACAAUAGACCCAGCUGGUAUAUUUCUCGAAGCUGUUGGUGAGCCUAUACGAGAUUAUUUGAGGGGAAGAAAAGACACCAUAAAAUGCAUCGUAACCCUGUUGACCGAUGGAAGUGGUGGAAAUGCAAGUUCUGGCGCUGCUGGGGAUAGUCUACUUGAAGAGUUGAACAGAGAUGAGGAAAACCAAGAGAAUAUUAAUCUUGAUGAUGAUUUUAAUGUCGAUGACAAGCAAUCAUGGCUUAAUGCUCAACGUUGGGAACCAGAUCCUGUGGAGGCUGACCCUCUAAAGGGUAGUAGAAACAGAAGGAAAGUUGAUGUACUUGGAAUGGUUGUUGGGAUAAUUGGAUCAAAGGAUCAGCUAGUGAAUGAAUAUCGUGUUAUGCUUGCUGAAAAGCUUCUGAACAAAUCUGACUAUGAUAUUGACUCAGAGAUACGGACACUGGAACUGCUGAAGAUACAUUUUGGGGAGAGUAGCAUGCAGAAAUGUGAGAUUAUGCUUAAUGAUUUGAUUGAUUCCAAGAGAACUAACAACAAUAUUAAAAAAACUAUUCCAAAGCCAUCUCUAGCAGAAGGUGAAGUGGAGAAAUCUGAGUUUUCGCUUGAUGCUCUUGCUGCUACAAUAAUAUCAUCAAAUUUCUGGCCUCCAAUCCAGGACGAGCCUGUUAAUCUACCAGGGUCAGUUGAUGAGCUUUUAUCAGACUAUGCAAAAAGGUUUCAUGAAAUUAAAACACCGCGCAAGCUAUUAUGGAAAAAAAACCUUGGUGUUGUCAAGUUGGAAUUACAAUUUGAAGAAAAAGCUGUCCAAUUUUCAGUCUCUCCAAUUCUUGCAUCUAUUAUAAUGCAAUUUCAGGACCAAACCCGUUGGACGGCGGAAGAUCUUGCAGCUGCUGUUGGGGUGCCUGUUGACAUACUUAAUCGAAGGAUAAAUUUUUGGAUCAGCAAGGGAAUUCUUUCAGAAUCAUUGGGAGAAGAUACCAAUUAUCACAUAUUUUCACUGAUGGAAGGGGCUGACUCUAAUAGAACUGGUAUUCACGGGGGCAGUAAUGAUGAACAUCUCAUGGGUGAUGAAGACGGGGACAGAUCGCUGGCAUCUGUUGAAGAUCAAUUACACAAAGAAAUGACUGUUUAUGAGAAAUUUAUCUUGGGGAUGCUGACAAACUUUGGCAGCAUGGCGUUGGAUCGAAUUCACAACACUUUAAAGAUGUUCUGUGUUGCCGAUCCUCAAUAUGAUAAAUCACUCCAACAACUACAGAGCUUCUUAGCUGGCCUUGUUUCAGAAGAAAAGUUGGAACUAAGGGAGGGAAUGUAUGUCUUGAAGAAAUGAUCAACAUCACUUGCAACUGCAUUAUCCCUUCCCUUAUAUCAGUAUUGAUUGAAUCGAAAUGGUGAGACAUGAUUGUACAAUGGAAUAAGCUGCAAUGAGCCAAUGAGGGAGCAUAUCUUGCAGCCAUUUUUUCGAGGACUGCAAAAACGUCAAUAUUAUUUAUUUAUGUAUGUAUGCACCCUGUAAAUUCAGCGGCGAAUGUUUGUGAUUGUUAUGUAAAUUGUACACUAGUUUAUUUACUUAAUUGUAACAGUAAGGAUGUGUUAACUGUAAAUUAUUUUUCAUAAUGAAUAUGCAUAUUUUACUUUUUGUUC